AUGCAGGGAUUGGCUGAACAUGAGAAACUUGCAGAUCGUGUGAAAAUCACACAAAAAGACUUGGAGCAGGACGGUUUCUCCAAGAACCCGUUCUUUCACAGUAUCAUUGCUGAGGUGCCAGAAUACCACAAAACCAAAGAAGGCCAUACGAAGAUAGGCUAUGCACUUUACUUCUAUUCCUACAGCUCCUGGAAGGGCAGAGCCAUUUAUAUGGAGGACUUGUACGUGAUGCCUGAGUUCAGAGGGAAGGGCAUUGGCAAAGCGCUUAUGAGGAAGGUAGCACAGGUGACUGGGCCUGGCUGCCGGCUCAACUUCACCAUCCUGAACUGGAACAAAUCAUCUCUGGACUUUUACCCCAACCAGGGCUGCUUCGAUGUCAAGGCCGACCUGGGCUACCAUUACAUGAUCUGCGAGGGUGAAGUACUGCAGCACGUUGCCCAACCCUAACCGGACAAUGGACUUGUGACUGGCCUGACUCACCAUGAGUGCAGGGAUUGAGCACCACUCAGUGGACCCCCCUAGAGGCUGCAAUGUUUAUUACACUCCAUGAAACUGAUUUGGGAAACAAUGUAAAGAUUACCC